AUGUCUUUAAACGAUAUUGAAAAAACUAAAUUACAAGAACUUUGUAACAAAAAAUAUAAAGAACAAGCUAUUUGGUUUUUGAAUGCUUAUUGGUUAGAAAAUGGAGAAGCUGAAGCUGAAAAUGUUUGGGAUUAUUGUAAUAAAUUUGGUGAAUUUGACCCAGAAAAUCAUGCAGAUGGAUGCUCUCUUGAUGAACUAAAUAUUCAUAGAAUUCUUGAACAUUAUAAUGAACACCAAACAAUCCAACAAUUUAGAGAGUCAUUAAGAAAUCAACAAUUUGAAUUUAAAAAAUUAUUUGCUCUUUGUGUAUUCUUAGCAUGGCAUUACAAAAUGCCAUUAAAGAAGUUAAUUAAUGCUCCUCAAGGUGCUCAAUCAGCAGAAAUGCAAAAAGCACAAGAAAUGGUUGAUCAAGUUUCUGUCUUACUUAAUGAAGCAGUAAAAAAAGCAGAUGAAGCCACUAAAAGAGACAAAGAACUUGAGACCGCUCUUAAUGCAUUGAAAAAAGAAGAAGAUGAAUUUAAUAAGAAAACUGAACAAUUAAAGGCACAAAUCGAAAAAGAAACUGGUGUUGUUAAAAAGAAUAGAGCACAAGCUGAACUUGCUCAACACAUUGAAUCUGAUCCAUUGCCAUUGAGAAAAGCUAAGAUCACCUGUGAAGCUGCUAAAAAGAAAUCUGAAAAAGCUCGUGUUGAAGCUGAAACUGCUGCUGAAGAAAUGAAAAAGAAAAUGGAAGAGGCUGAAGAAUAUUUGAAUCAACAAAAGGCAGCAGCAGCUGCUGGACAAGGAUUAAUGUGGUGGAUGCAAAGAGAGCUCGAAGAAAAGAAAAAGUUUAUGCCAAUGAAAAAAGGAGGAAUUGCUAAGUAA